CUGAUAGAUAUUAUUAUUGGAUACAAGGUCAUAGUUAUUCUUUCUAGUCUACCUCCAUUUAUUACCUUUGUCUUUUGCAUCCAUUCCUUCUCCAUCCACUCAAUGCUGUUUGCCUUCCCCCCUCUCUACUAUCACCUUUUACCACUUAAUUAACAGCUUUUCAUAGUUCACUCUCUCUCUCUCUCUCUCUCUCUCUCUCACUAUAUCUGUUUGUCGCUCUCCCCUUGUUCCUCUCUUUAAUUAGGGUUUCCUCUUUAGGACUGCUUCAUCCUUUAGCAAAUCUGAGGCUUAUACCUCUCGUUGCCUUAGCCUACUUUGUCUCGGGAGGAAAAAAGAGAACAGCUUCCGAAGGACCUCCAACAAGGGAAAAAAGGUACUUCCCUUUUAGUUCAUCUAUUACCAAAGAAAACCUACAUCAAAAACAGUGCAGGCAAAUGGCAUCAUCCAGCUCCUACAAUUCUCCAUGUGCUGCCUGCAAAUUCUUGAGGAGGAAAUGCAUGCCGGGAUGCAUCUUUGCGCCUUACUUCCCACCGGAAGAGCCUCAAAAAUUCGCCAACGUGCACAAAAUAUUUGGUGCUAGCAAUGUGACGAAACUCCUGAACGAACUCCUCCCUCAGCAGAGGGAGGAUGCAGUGAACUCACUCGCAUACGAAGCAGAGGCACGCGUGAGGGACCCAGUUUAUGGCUGCGUAGGAGCCAUCUCUUUCCUGCAGAGACAAGUUCAAAGGCUCCAAAAGGAGCUUGAUGCUGCAAACGCUGAUCUGCUACGCUACUCUUACACUGACAUCCCUCCAGCAUCUCUUUCUGUGCCACCAGGACUUGCUUCAUUUCAACAUGUGCCCCAAAGGCAGUUUACUGCAAGAUUUGGUAACGAAGCAACUGGGUUCUAUCGCCAAUCUACUGCAACUGCUUAUUCCUUUCCUUAUGCCCUUCCUUGGACUGAUACCUCUUCGGAGGACAUCAGUGAGGGAGGAGCUGCAGGAGGUAAUUUGUGAAUUAAGAUUGCAGUAUUAACCCUUCUAGGGUUUAUACUUUUUGAGGCGUGGCCUGCAAUAUUCUCAUGGCGUGGUGAUAUUAUAUGUGUCUACUAUGGACUCUUGGCUAUGUAGCCUUAGUUGGACUCUUCUAGCUAGGUCACUGAACCUCUACCGUGUCUCUUAAUUUUAUUUCUUGCCUUUUCUUUCCUAGAUGAUGACCGUGUAUUGUUUAAAACUUAUAUAUCCAGGGACUUAGGUAGUCUUUUCUUUAGAGCCUAAAUAAGUUGGUAGAACAUGCAUUCUAAUGUAUGUGCCUACUACACCUCUUAUUGGGUAUUGAUGCAACUCUAGGCAUGUGCAAUGUGAAGCGGAAUUGACAUCUUUCUCGGUCAUUAUUUCUCAUUCAGAAUAAGUAAGCAUUAACAUUAG